GCGGGGGCGUUCCCGAGCGCAGCCUAACCCAGCACAGCGCGGGCCGCCCCAGCGGAGCCCAGCCCAGGCGUGCCGAGCCGUGCCCGCCAUGGCCAUCGCGCACAUCGCCACCGAGUACGUCUUCUCCGACUUCCUGCUGAAGGAGCCGCCGGAGACGCGCUACAAGGGGCUGCGGCUGGAGCUGGCGCUCGACAAGAUCGUCACCUGCAUCGCCGUGGGGCUGCCGCUGCUCCUCAUCUCCCUCGCUUUCGCCCAGGAGGUCUCCAUCGGUGCUCAGAUAAGCUGUUUUGCACCCAGCUCUUUCUCCUGGCGACAAGCUGCUUAUGUGGACUCCUACUGCUGGGCAGCUGUGCAGCAGAAGCAACCAUCCCACAACAACUUAGAAAACAUACCCUUGUGGCUGCAUAAAUCUGCUGCUAACUGGGGAGAAGCAAAGAAGAAGAUACAGUUCUUCCCAUACAUCCUUCUGCUCAUUGCUAUCCUGCUGUAUUUACCGUGUUUGUUCUGGCGCUUCACUGCAGCACCUCACCUUUCCUCAGACCUGAAAUUUAUUAUGGAAGAACUUGACAAAGCCUAUAACAGGGCAAUCAAAGCUGCUAAUAGCAUUCGAAGUGGAGACCCCAGGGACCCUACUGACUUGAUUCCAGCUGCUAAUGAGAACUUGACACAGAGUUUGUGGGAAAUAUCUGAAAGCUACUUUAAAUACCCAAUUGUGGAGCAGUACCUGAAGACAAAAAAGAAUUCAAAGUGCUUAAUAAUUAAAUACAUUACCUGCCGUUUACUCACACUAGUAAUUAUUUUCAUUGCAUGCCUCUAUCUGGGCUACUACAUCAGUCUCUCCUCGCUGAGUGAUGAGUUUCUCUGCACUAUCAAAACUGGGAUCUUAAAGAAUGACACAACUGUUCCAGAAGUGGUUCAGUGCAAGCUUAUUGCUGUUGGUGUCUUCAAGGUACUCAGCUAUAUUAACCUGAUAGUCUAUCUGCUGGUAAUGCCCCUGGUAGUGUAUGCAAUGUUUGUUCCGUGGAGGUGGAAUUCAGGUGUUCUCAAAGUGUAUGAAAUCUUGCCAACUUUCGAUGUUCUGAAACUUAAGUCAAAGCAUUUUGAUGACUUAAGCCUUUACCUUCUCUUUCUUGAAGAAAAUGUGAGUGAACUUAAAUCAUUUAAAUGCCUUAAAGUGCUGGAGAACAUUGCAGUUUCUGAGAAGUUUGAUGUCAUGCAGCUUUUGGUAAACCUUGGUACUAUUAAGACUGAUACCAUAGAUGGGAAGCCAGGGACCGCUGAGUUGGAGAAGCCUGAAGAAACACCUAUGGAAGAGCGGGAAAAAGAUGCAACAGAGUUACGAGUUCUGACAGACCACGAUGCAAGUGGCAGUGUGGCUACGAGGGAGGACAAGAGACUUCGCCAGAGACUCAUAGAUUCUUCAUGCUGAUGACUCCCAGCUGCAGGAGCCAGGAGCCCCGUUCUGUGGGAAGGCUCCUCCUCUGCCUCCGCUGCGCUCAGCGCAAGGUGCUGCUCUUUGAAUGCAACCAUUCUCAAUCGCCUGACAGUUCCCCAGAGGCCAAACUGGUUUACAGACUACUUGUUAUACAAUAAUCAGGAGUCAUGUGCCUGAAAAAGCGUGUUGUACACUUCCAUUAUUUAUCAGAAAAAUCAAACCACAUACAAGGAGGAACAAGAACAAAAAAAUUCUGUCAUAACAAGUGAUGUGCACUGAAUGCAGUUGAAGCUGGCAGCUGGACAGAGCUUGCUGCAUAUUGUAGAAGGAUGGGAAAUAUAACCCUUUAGGUAGCAAAAAAUAUGGCCACAUUGCAUCCUGAAGUGUUGCUCUGCAGCAGUGGCCAUCUCAGUUCUGGGGUUUAAGUAAGGUAACUUUGGUCUCUCUGUCCUGGAAAAGGUGGGGCAGGGAUGGGGUUUUAUAAUGAAUCUGGUUAAUCUGUACCAGAUGGUGGCUGACACUGAUACUGGCUGUGUCUUCGUGGGAAAAAUAGAGGUUACUCUGUUCAGCUUGAGAUGUCUUGGUUAGUCAUCCCAACAUUCGUGUCUGGGAUAAAGUACUUGACACUGGUGGAAAAGAAACUACGAAUAGUUUUAGUGUUAAGAAGGUACUGUAAAUAUUAGGGAUUGUGAAUUUUCUGUGUGUUAAUAAAUUAAAAAUGUCUUAACACUUUUUUUACGAAAUGCAAUGAUGUGAAAGCUAAAUGUUGGUUUAAUUUCUAUCUCUCAGUUGUUUUGGUCAGAUUGUCUAACAAAUCCACCUUGGAAUUUUGGGCUGAAGAUCAGUGAAGUUGCUUCUGUUUUUGUAAUGGUUUGUCGAAGUUAUUUCGUAAUGUUUUUAUGUGUGGAAUUUUUCUCAACGUGUCUGUAGUAUCAAAUGCAAUAUUAGUUGUGCUGUUUUCCAAACCACACUUGAGAAGACAAAUUAACUUGUAUUACAGUAGCACCCAAAUGCCUCAGCAGAGCCAAACACCCAACAGCCAAGGUGAAGUAGAUGUAAAUACUGUGAAAGGUCGUUCUCCCCCACACACAUUGUGACUCUAUUUUAAUUAAAGAAAAGAUGCUUAGUGUAUUGGAACGGCCAAAGUAAGGGGGAGUGUUUGUAUGUUGGAAAACUGUUGUGGUUUGUUAUCAGACCAUGUGGGGAGAGUAGAAUUCAGCUUUAAUGUUGACCCCCCUGCCCAAGACCUCAACCUUCAUUGAGUAUUAAAAUGACCUUUGUCUUGAAAUGGUAGGUGCAGGGUGAGGUGGGUGGGGAGUGAAGAACCGCAGUGGUGGUGUGUAUCUUUCACAAAUGUCAUAUACUGACUUAUUUUUCUGUAUCGUCCAUGUAAGUGAAAUGAUUUGCCUGUCACCUCCUCCAAGUCGGCUUUUUAAACAAAGGAGGACUUCUUUUAUAGCUAGGUAGGACUUCCAGUUCUGUAAGACUUCCAUUUGGCAGUUCCUUUGUGUCACCCACUUUUGUGCUCUUGUCUGCUAGUAUUCUCCGUAUGGUUGUGGAUGAGGGGCAAACAGGAGUGGGUGGUGUUACCAUUUUUGCACAGAACUCUUUAUGUGCUGCAGCAGAUUUCAGAGAUUGUGUCCCUAUUUGAAUCUGGCUGCUGUUGAACAAGUGGAUCUGAAAGUGCUGCUGUGCUACACUUAGGGCUAGUACUACAAGAACUCUUCAGUUUUUAUAUGGCUUUCAGCUAAGACAAGCCUUAUUUUAAAAGACGUUUUUAAAGCCGUAUUUUAUGCUACCUCUGCACAGCACACAGCACAGCUGCAAUCCUAAUGUCCCUUGCAUUACCAGCACAGAACAGGGCUUAUAUUGGACACUGGUAGUCCAAACUGCUGGAUUUUAUUGCCAUACUUCUGCCACCAAGCCUAUGAACCCUCUCACCUUUCCUAGAUUGUCUGGCUAUGCUGAUGUGUUGCUGAUGGUCCUUUAUAUGUAGGCAGUGCAGGUGCACAUUGUGCAUUGUGUGUCUUGGACAAGGAGCUAUAGUGCAAUACUAAGAUUCUGUGAUGUGGAUGUGUUUGAACUGUUUGAUGUAAGUAGAGUUCUCAGUCUUUAAAAUUCAAAGCUCCUGGAAGCCACAUGUUCAUGUUUCAUGUUGGAUAUGUACCUAACUUUUUACUUAUUUCUCUUCUGUAUUUAAAAAUGACUUGCUGCAGUGAAUCUGUUGUCUUUUAAAGUGUUUAAUAAAAUUCCUGUCAAUCCUCCUCGGUUAUUAAAAUAAAACCAGUUUUGUCAACUACAAUAGCAUAAGUGUCUGAAGGUUCCAGGAACAGUCACGUGUUGCCAUAGUGCAAUACAUGUGGGCUGAUGCUAAACCGUGAGGAAACAUUUUGGACAGUGAUUAUAAUUCUGCUCUUUUAAUUUUUGUUCUCCUAAAAUUGUCAGAGCAACAUGAAUUGGUUCAAAAUCUGUUUAAAUUUGAAAAGCUGUUCAGAAAGUGUCAGCACAUGAUAAAUAGCAUAUCCAUUAUGUGAUUUAUUAUCUACAAAUUGGCCAGUCUCAGCACAUUUGAACUUUUCAGCUGUAUCUUCCUGUUUUAAGAUGUGUUUCUUAACUGCCCAGCUUUAGUGGCACUGCUCCUGCUGUGUUUUGCCAUUUUCAAAACAUGGGCUGAAUUCCAGUUUAGGCCUUAUGGAAAAGAGUCCAUCUUCAGCCUCUUCAUCACUACACUCUUUCUAGAAACAGCUACAUUUGUCUGUCUUCUUUUAAAUACCCCAGAAAAUAAAAUGGCAGUGUCAAGAUUCA